GCGGAGCGGCGGGGUCGCGCGCUGGGCGUGCUCGUCUUCGUGCAUGCGCCGUGCGGACAGGCUGCUCUGGGGCCGGCCGGACAGUGGCAGUGCCGCUGAAAUUUUCCACCGUGCGUCCGGAGGAGCCCCUUUUUUUUUUGGAGAGGUGGGAAGAAAAACAAUAUUCCGUUUCCUAUAAAUAAAGAAAACAAAACGACAGCCAACAGAAAAAAUCGUUCCUUUACUCCCUGUCUCUGUGAAACCGAGAGCAGGCCAACAUCUCGGAGGAGGAGGAGCGGGCGACGACGGCUCCAAGAUGUCGCAGUUCGUCGAUCAUUUCUGGGGGGAGAAGAACAAUGGCUUUGAUGUCCUUUAUCAUAAUAUGAAACAUGGUCAAACAUCGACAAAAGAUUUGGCAGACUUCAUAAGAGAAAGUGUAACAAUAGAAGAUAUUUAUUCAAGGUCUAUGACUAAAUUAGCCAAAACAACGAAUAAUUACAGUCAGCUGGGAACAUUUGCUCCAGUAUGGGAUGUUUUAAAAUUAUCAACAGAGAAACUAGCCAGUAGCCAUUUAGAUCUAGUACGAAAACUGCAAGAAUUAAUUAAAGAAGUACAGAAGUAUGGAGAUGAACAGACCAAGGCACACAAAAAGACAAAAGAAGAAGUGGCAGGAACCCUUGAUGCUGUACAGAACAUCCAGAGCAUCACUCAAUCUCUGCAGAAAUCUAAAGAAAACUACAGUGUCAAGUGUGUAGAAUAUGAAAGAUUAAAAAAGGAAGGAGCAACACAGAAAGAAAUUGAAAAAGCAGUUGUGAAAUCUAAAAAAGCUACAGAAACCUAUAAACUGUAUGUGGAAAAAUAUGCUGCAGCCAGAACUGAUUUUGAGCAGAAAAUGACAGAAACAGCUCGGAAAUUUCAGGAAAUUGAAGAAGCUCAUCUUAGGCACAUGAAAGAAAUAUUGAGUUCUUUUGCACAAUCGAUAGAAGAGACUCACGUACAGAUUGGUCAGGUGCAUGAUGAGUUAGUACAGAACAUGGAGAGCACUACAGUUGAGAGCUUGAUACAGAAGUUUGCUGAAACAAAAGGCACUGGCAAAGACAGACCUGGACCUGUUGAAUUUGAAGAAUGUAAUGUAACAAAUGCUCUAGAAGGGGUGAAAAAGAUCAAAAGAAAACCUUUUGGAAUACCAGGACGGAUAAAAAAAGAAAAAGAUACAGAUUCAAUGGAAUCUCCAGAUGCUGAUUCAGUUAAUAUUCCUGAGGUGGAUGAAGAGGGUUACUGCAUCAAACCAGAAGUGAACCAAAUUAAUGCCAAAGAGAACAAUUUCUACUCAUCAAGUGAUUCAGGCUCUGAGGAUGAGGAACCCAGGAAAUUCCAUGUGCAAAUCAAACCUGUGCAACCAAAUAAUGGUACUAACCACACGUUGGAAGAAUUGAAAGCAUCCAUUGGGAAUAUUACACUUUCUCCAUCCCCAUCUAGGCAUAGCCCGAAUGCAAUGAAAAGAAAUUCAUCUAGUGAAGAGCUGGUUCGACCAAGAUCAUGUGUUCCAUCACCUGACGCCAGAAGGGUCAAUAAUGAUCUGUUUUCACUGGAUCCAUUGUUUGGACCUCCACUUGAUUCCUCCUCUUCAUCCACAUCAACAACUUCAGCUUUUCCUUUCCUUCCAGUCAGUAACACUUCUGAGGUACACACGGUGCUUGCUUCAGCUGAAUUAACAUGGCAUGAAGGGAGCUCGACUUUCUCAAGCCCUAUUUCACCAUGGGGUGUAGAAUAUGAGUCCUCAGUGAAGCAUCAGCCAAGCUGUGAGUCUAAGAGUUCUAGUCCUGGCUCAGGCUUUAGUGUAGCAGCAAUUUUAGAAACCUUAAAUGGUCCUUCUCAUAUUCCUACUUCACGCACCGAGUGGAUUUCAUUUACUGAUGAACAAAAUCCAAGAAAAACUUUAAAAUCAGAGUUGAAGGAAGCAGCACAAACUAAAACUUCACCACCAAACUCCAAUCCUCCUGACAUCCACGCCUCCAGAGCCUGCUGUGUUCAGCCAGCCUUGCACCUUGUUGUCUCCAAUCCUCCUGUGGCCUGUUUUCAGUUGUCGUCUUCCAGCAGCUCAUUUGAUGACCAAAGUGACCUUCAGAAUGAUUUUACAGGCAACAAGAAAAUACCCAUGGAAGAGAAUAAAACUGGAUCAGAAGGUUUUCCCUUUCCUGCAGCUCAGCCAGUGGACGUUAGUUUAACGCCUGUGGUUACUGACUUAAAUAAUGUCUCGCCCCCAGCAAGACCUACCACCCCACUUAAUACAAGUAUGAUUGUGCCACCACCUCGUCCUACUUCCAGACCAAAGCUUUCGGCAGGAAAACUGGGUGGAAUUAAUGAAAUAUCUAGAUCAUUCAGUCCUACGUCAAUGUCGUCCACCAGUCCACCUCCUGUAGCCCCACUGGCACGUGCAGAAAGUACAUCCUCAAUUGGGUCAUCUGCUUCAUUGAGUACAGCAACAACACCUACCAUUGAUGGUGAUAUGUUUACUGGAAAACUUCCUUCAUUUGAGAGGCGCAGUGAGACACCUCCAGGCACUUCUCGUGGACCCAGUCCAAUAAGUCUUGGAACACAAGACUCCUUGCCGGUUGCAACUGCUUUCACAGAGUCAGUUAAUGCUUAUUUUAAGGGAGCAGACCCAUCAAAAUGCAUAGUCAAAAUCACUGGUGAUAUGACCAUGUCGUUUCCAAGUGGAAUAAUUAAAGUUUUUACCAGCAAUCCAUCACCUGCAGUGCUUAGCUUUCGAAUACGGAACACCAGCAAAUUUGAACAAAUCCUUCCAAAUGCACAGCUUGUAUAUAGGUAA